UGAAACUGGUUAUUAUUCCCAUUAGCCUUGCCUUCAACCAGCAAGGGCACUCAUCUGAUAGCAGAAAGGGGAGCUAUGGCGCGUCUAUUGCGAUCCAGUUUGAGAGGAUAUCUCACCACUCAGAUUAGAAUGUCGUCUGAUCAGCUGGGGGAGCUGGGGAAGGGGGCAGGCAAGGGUGGGGGUGCAGGAGGCUCCAUCAGGGAAGCAGGAGGGGCCUUCGGGAAGAAGCAGGCUGCAGAGGAGGAGCGCUAUUUCAGGCAAAAGGAGAAGGAGCAAAUGGCUGCCCUGCGACGCCACCACGAGGAGGAGAUCGACCACCACAAGAAAGAGGUUGAGCGGCUUCAGCGCGAGAUCGACCGCCACAAGGGCAAGAUCAGGAAACUCAAGCACGACGACUAGACGAGCUGGGCACUUAAAACGACUUGCAUAAAUCCCCACAGCACUCCAUGCUCUUCCUGCCCCGUGUCCUCUGUAUACCAAAAUCACUCGUUGCCUGCAUGAGCGCAUCGCUGCCAUGAUCAUGCUUUCUGGUUUUGUCUGUGAGCAGCAGUAGAAUCAUGAAUAAAGUUUACAGAUAAUUUUACACAUCA